AUGAGUCCGCAGUCCCACAACGCCCGAAUAGGGCGGCCGCGGAAGGCUUGCGAUUCAUGUUAUUCGCGUAAGAUUAAAUGCGUUGAGAAGAGCAACGCCGCCAAAUGCGAUUGGUGUCUACAUCAAGAGUUAGAAUGCACGUAUACAGGUAAAGAUGGUCGACGAAAGCGAAGGGCAGACGAUUCAUCUGAUUCUGAAUACGCGCAUAAAUAUGCGCAUAAACACGCGCAUGCUAAGAUCCCCGACGAAUACGUUUCAGUAUUCAAUAGUGGCCGUCGACCAGAGAUGAAUAAGAGCACCUCUGUUGGCGGUUAUGCGAGCCACCACCUUCCUCAGGAUCAAUUUGUUGAAGGUAAUGAGGUCGGUCAAUAUAACGGGAGUUUGAACACUCAAGACAAUAAUAGCGCAUUCUUCCGAUAUUAUGGGAUCCCCGUUUUCUCCCCAAUGGGGCAGAAGUGGAUUCAGUCUCAUGGGACUUCUAAUAUUCUUAAGACACUUCUGUCAUAUGGCCUCCCAUGGGCAAGUUCUCACAGUCACUUAAUCUCAGAGCAGGGAGCAGGCCUCGAAUCAGGUGGAACUCUUGUCGAGUUACCCGACAGGUUUGUCACUGAAGCAUGCAUAGCCUUCUGCAAGUGUGGUAAAGUUGGCCUAAUCUACCCUAUAGUCGAUAUGUCCCUCUUGGAGGACUCAGUGAAGGCCGCCUACUCUCCCUCAAGUGAAGAAAAUCCCCAGGCUCUUUCCAUUGCUAAGGCUCUUGUGCUUUCCUUCGUUGCCUUUUGCACCGCUGCAGAUCGCAGGGAACAUAUGUUAUAUCCAGUUGAUGGCAAACAAUGUGCCUUCGAGGCUGAAAGCCUGCUCUCAACUGUUCAUGAUCCGGCCCAUAGUAUGGGUAAGCUACAAAUCCUUUUGCUACUUCUUCUAUUUCACUUCUCGCAGGGAAGAUUAGAGCUUGCAAGGGAGCUAAUGAGCUCUGUCGCUCGCUUAGCGAACGAUUUAUCUUCAAUCACGAGGCUCUCUGAACCUCCUUCGAGUCCAGAAGGAACGGUGGCACCAUAUUGUACUGGUGACAAAGAAUUUACCUUUCGAACACUCUAUUGGAACAGCUUCAUGCUCGAUAAGGAAUUGGCCUUUCGAACAGGUACACCGGUUCUUAUGCUUGCCGAGUCUCUAAUACCCGCUUCACUAGACGCAACGGAAUCUCCGAUUGACUAUCUUUCGAGGCUGUUACCUACACGCGAUCCUCAGAAUCACCGUACGGAGUCUUCCCUAUCCCAUUUAAAGCUCAGCUUGGUCAUGUCAAGGGUAUACUCGGAGCUCUAUGGGCCACAUUCUCUCAAGAAACCUGACACCGAAAUACUGAGAACUAUCCGCACUCUCGACGAUGAGCUGGAAGAAUGGCGACUGUCAAUACCUAAAGCCUGCCGACCUACCCUUCACAUUUCCGAUCUCCCCACACAAUCAACUACAGAUGUCGAACUUCUUUUGAUCAACCUUAGAUAUCACCACAGCCUAGGGUGCAUACACCAAGCUGUAAGUCGAUGCCGACCAUGCGGUUCUAUGACGGAGGCUCUUCGAUCAAGCCUUAAUCUAUCAGUUCGAGCGAGUGUCUCGUCACUGGAAAUCCUGCGUGCCACACGCUUCACCCUAAAUAGAGAACUUUUCUGGUUCAUCUGUUUCUAUCUCCUUUCGGCAAUCUUGAAUCUAUUAUGCAAGAUCAUAACCGAACCUUUUGAUUUCGAUAAUCCGGAAUGUAUGAGGAUCCUCAAAGAUACCCCCAUGAUCCUCCGUGAAAUGGGUAUUGUUCAAUUGACUUCCACCGAAAGACAGCACUUGGAUCUUAUGAUCCUUCUUAGUUCGGAGCUUAGUGCGUUGGUGGAGGGAAGCAGUGUUCGAAAUAGUACAUAG